AUGAUCCACAUUUGUUUACACAGAGCACUGCAGCACCUCAGCUCUUCGUCUUGCUUCUCUCUUAGUGACAAUGCCGUGGGCUCGGAAACGUUUGAACAGAAUGUAGCUCAGGUGAAUGGGUACAGCAUCAUGCUUGCCAGAUGUGAUGGCGGACGUUCCAAUGCAGUUUGGGAGAUCAUCCGUAGUGAUGAGACCUGGUUGUACAGUUUCGACCGAGAGAAGAAACAAAAAUUGGCUCAGUGGACGCCGGUUGGUGAGGCGCCGAUUCAGAAAUUCCGAAGCGAGCACAGUAAGGCAAAGCAGAUGAUGGCUGUGUGCAUGACCAAAGUCGUUCAUGUGGCUGCUGUAGCGCUUGUACAGCAAAGCACAGUCACCGGAGCCUAG